UUCACCAUCAAUUCUGCAUUCUACUCUACCUUUUCCCUACAUCAGCACCGCAGCCGCGUAUGUUGGGACCUCAACUGCCAAUGGAUUCCACCCCACCCAACUUCGAUGACUCAGCGUCCCGCCGUGGCAACCUGAGAGCGUGUGAUCAAUGCCGUCAACGUAAAGUUCGAUGUCACAAAGCAUCACAAUCUAGCCCAUGCGACAACUGCCACGCCUCUAACUUAACAUGUAGCAGCAAUGGGUCUGGCUUGCGUUCCAGAGAGUCUAGGACGAGAGUCUUGAUCUCCUCGCAAUACGAGAAAAAGAUCGACCGGAUAGACAAUCGGCUGGAUGGCAUCGAGAGAUUACUUCAAAGACUUGCCACAGGUAGCGAUGCGGGCGGCUCCAAACUGCAUACACAUUCAACAAAGUACAAUGCAUCAACAAUCUCCCAUUCCGAACAUGCCGUCGAUGCACCCGAUAGCCUUGAAUCAGGUCCUCUGGACUCCCAGGGGCCCGAGUUCGAGGGAGACUCGUCCCUUGCAGCGCACACCGCCGUCGCAAGCGAGUUAUUCAUUCAAGAGGUUCAGGAGAACUCUCAAAGCUCUAACCCCGCGAUACAAACGGCAUUAUCCUCCCUCCACGAGAUCGUCAGCCAGGUCAACAAAUACUCGUCAUCCCAAGGGGCUACCUUCCGAAACGCCAAAACGUUGCCGCCCGGGGGCCUCUCCGAACUUCCCAUGCCGCCUAUGCAGGCUGUAAUCGCUGCCUUACAUGGAAGCAAGGGUCUCUCACAGCUCCACUCCUCGGUGAUAUGCUGCUUCAGGUCGAUUGAAAGCUUCACCGAAUUAUGCCUCAAGGUUUACUUCACCUAUGGCAACUUUAGCCAGGCCGACUUCAUCAUUGUCAACGUCGGGCUUUAUUAUAUCUUCCUCGAGUGUCGCUUUAUCACGUCGGAUGACGCUACUCGUAAUGAGUAUCGAACACAUGCGCGACUUUGUCAGUGUAAUCUUGAAACAGCGCUCUCAAAUCUCAGCCUUAUUCUUCCCCGGACCUAUGAGGUAGUCGAGGCACUACUGUUAGGUGCAAUGUACGCCAGUGAGGUGUCUAGAACUUCCCUAGCCUGGCGUCUGAAUUCCACAGCAAUCACAAUAGGCCAAACACUUGGUUUUCAUCGCGCCCCGUCUCCCUCUUCCAUCACCAUCGAGGGUAAUGACAGCCGUGACUAUCAAGCCUUGCUCUUUUGGAUGGGCUAUACAAUGGAUAAAGGGCUUGCUCUCCGCCUGGGUUACGCACCCAUCAUAUCCGAAGAUGACAUCAACGUCUCCGAGUCAGCCAUCGACUCAGUUCACGAUUCGUGGUCUGACAUUUUACGCGCUUGGGUUGUGCAAGCAAAGCUACAGGGACGCAUGUAUACUCAGUUGUACUCUGCAGCGGCACUCGCCAUUCCGAUAUCACAGCGACAGUCCAGAGUGCCAGCUCUAGUAGCUGAAAUGCGCACUAUGAUCGCCGAGGCCUUGCAAUUGGCCGCAAUGACCGGGGAUCUAGACCAUAGUCGCUCGACGACUCCGGAAAACUACACCAUACGUUCUAUCACCGUACACUCCAAUCUCGUCAACUUUCUCGGCUGCUUGACGUUAGUAUACAGAGCAGGUGGAGAUUUGUAUGCAGAAGAUUGUCUCCAAAGUGCAAAGGAGGCCAUGGAGAUGCACAUCCGGUCCCUAGAAAUGCUUGACAAGACCUCCGGCGUUCGAGACAUGUAUCUUCAUUGGGCCAUAUUAUAUACCCCAUUCGUACCUUUUACAGUGAUAUUUUGCCACAUUAUAAAGUCGCCUGAUCGAUCAGAUCUGAACCUCCUUGAGAGAUUUGUCCAAUCGUUACAGUCCUCUGGCGAAUUAUCGGACCCAAUCACGAAGCUCCACGCGGUUUGCGAUACCCUCUUCAACGUAGCGCUAAGGUAUAUUGAGGUGAAGACACUACACCAGAGGAGGGCUGUAGAGGAGACGUUCGAUAAGUAUUUGAAUGCACUAGGUCUGAUGCCACCACACGAGGACAAGAGUGAUGAAACGAUGGAAAAUGUUAUUUCCGGUUCAGAGGUGGGGGAUUGGUACUCUAGUAACGGAUAUAUGAUGGGCUUGCUGGAAUGAUCUAGUGAGGAGGAAUGGAAAGGUACUUUCAACUUAAAGUCGAGUUCAGACAUAAAGUUCUUAAUGGUCAGGCUUUUGGUCUCAUUGACGUUAGCGAUGCUCCUGCUGAUGAGUUGUAUCAGGUUCCUGGCAAUGGUGAG